UCCACCAAAAAAAAAAAAAUACCUCUCCGCCUCUCUUGAGGUCCCCUUCUUUCCAUUACAAAAAUGUCCAAACACUUCUCUCCCUUCACUUCUCUUUCCACCACCACAAUUCUUGCUGUUCCAAAUUCUUUAUAUCUCAUUUUCAACUUUUCAAACAACUAUCCCAAAUGUCUUCCUUUUCUGUUCGUUUCCUUGCACCACAAGCAUUGCCAUCUGCUUCCUCCUUCAGGCCUAAAACAUGGGUUCUUGCUGCUCCAACGACAGCACCAGCAUCAGUGGAGGUGGAUGCUGGGAGGUUGGAGCCAAGAGUAGAAGAGAGAGAUGGCUACUUUGUGUUGAAAGAGAAGUUUAGAGAAGGCAUCAACCCUCAAGAGAAAGUGAAGAUUGAGAAAGAACCCAUGAAGCUUUUCAUGGAAGGAGGGAUUAAAGAACUUGCUAAGAUGUCAAUUGAGGAGAUUGAUAAGGCUAAGGAUACAAAGGAUGACAUUGAUUUCAGACUUAAGUGGCUUGGUUUGUUCCACAGGAGGAAGCAUCAGUAUGGUAGAUUUAUGAUGAGAUUGAAGCUACCGAAUGGUGUAACGACAAGUGCCCAAACACGAUACCUAGCUAGUGUGAUAAGGAAAUAUGGGAAGGAUGGGUGUGCCGACGUGACAACCAGGCCAAACUGGCAAAUUCGGGGAGUGGUGUUGCCUGAUGUGGCAGAAAUAAUCAAGGGACUUGAAGAAGUAGGCUUGACAAGCCUACAGAGUGGCAUGGACAAUGUGAGAAACCCUGUUGGCAGUCCUCUUGCUGGCAUUGAUCCGGAGGAGAUUGUUGAUACCCGUCCUUACACGAACUUGCUAUCCCAAUUUAUUACCGCCAAUUCCCGUGGCAAUCCAACCAUCUCUAACUUGCCAAGGAAGUGGAAUGUUUGUGUUGUGGGGACUCAUGAUCUUUAUGAACACCCCCAUAUCAACGAUCUUGCUUACAUGCCUGCCACAAAAGAUGGACGUUUUGGGUUCAAUUUGCUGGUUGGUGGGUUCUUUAGCCCCAAGAGAUGUGAAGAGGCCAUUCCUCUUGAUGCUUGGGUCUCGGCGGAUGAUGUCAUCCCAGUGUGUAAAGCAGUGCUAGAAGCCUAUAGAGAUCUUGGCUUCAGGGGCAACAGACAGAAGACAAGAAUGAUGUGGCUGAUUGAAGAACUGGGCAUUGAAGUAUUCAGAUCAGAGGUAGCCAAGAGAAUGCCUCAGAAAGAGUUAGAGAGAGCAUCUUCUGAAGACCUGGUUCAAAAGCAAUGGGAAAGGAGAGACUACCUUGGUGUCCAUCCACAGAAACAAGAAGUUCCAGUUGGUCGAGUCCAAGCAGAUGACAUGGAUGAACUAGCCCGGUUAGCUGACACAUAUGGCUCAGGCGAACUCAGGCUUACCGUAGAGCAAAACAUCAUAAUUCCAAACGUUGACAACUCGAAAUUAGAAGCCUUGCUUAACGAGCCUCUACUGAAAGACAGGUUUUCACCAGAACCAAGUAUUCUCAUGAAAGGGUUAGUGGCUUGUACUGGCAACCAAUUUUGUGGGCAAGCCAUUAUUGAGACAAAGGCUAGAGCCUUGAAGGUGACUGAGGAGGUGGAAAGGCUAGUGUCAGUGACCCGGCCGAUUAGGAUGCACUGGACGGGCUGUCCUAAUACUUGCGGACAGGUUCAAGUUGCUGAUAUAGGUUUCAUGGGGUGCAUGGCAAGGGAUGAGAAUGGGAAACCUUGCGAAGCAGCAGAUAUCUUCUUGGGAGGGAGAAUAGGGAGUGACUCGCAUUUGGGAGAACUUUAUAAGAAGGCUGUUCCUUGUAAGAACUUGGUACCUGUAGUUGCUGACAUUUUGGUGGAACACUUUGGAGCUGUCCCUAGAGAGAGGGAAGAAGGAGAAGAUUGAUCAAUGAAUUCAUUCAUUGCUUUUAGAUUUCCAUUUUUUUUUUGUCUGUCAAAUUGAAUGAUGUAAGGAUUCUAAGCAUGCCUUUCGAGAAGAAAAUGGAGCAUCUAAAAGAUACUUGGAGGAUUCAUCUGGACAAACUUUGAUAAAUGGGAUGACAAAGUGAACAUCUCCACUUUUUAACAUGCUCGCUCUACGAUGAUGGUUUUUUUUUUUUGAUGAUAUAUAACAUCUUGAUCACAUGCAUCAAAAUAAAGUUAUUGGCAAUAUAUUCCAAUUGUUUGGUUAAUGUCGAUCACCCUGUUCUAGGAGCAGAUUAAGUUCCUUUCAGGAGAAAGACAAACCUUCACCCCAAGUCCCCAGCUAUCUAAGGACGCUAUGAGAAUUAUGAUAUCAACACAGAAUGUGAAAGAUUGGAUUUAUAUUUGAUGCAUUGACAGUUAUACA